AUGUGGCUACUAGAAUGUUCAAUCCACCAAGUCUGUUUGAAAGCAGUGGAAAUUCUCGAGGAGCUUGCUGAGCGGUUUUUUGCUUGGAUAGCAUUUGAAUUGGUCUACAAUGCCUUGAUCUCUCCGUUGCGGUCAUACCCAGGACCAAAGCUAUGGGCCAUAUCCAAUAUACCCUCCAGUAUCAGCAUUUUGCGUGGGAAAAGCCAUUUGGAUAUGCUGAAAUUGCAUGAGAAGUAUGGAUCUGUCGUUCGGAUUGGUCCAGAUGAGCUAUCAUUCAACAGCGCGCAAGCAUUCCAGGAUAUCUACGGGUUUCGCCCAGGUAAGCCACAGCUUGCUAAAGAUUUCAAGCUCUACGGCUCCAAGACGAAUGGUAUUCGUGAUAGUAUUGCAGGAUAUCUUGAUAAUGAGGCACACACAAGACAGCGUCGACUUCUGUCUCACGCUUUCUCAGACCGGUGUCUCCGCGAACAAGAAGAAGUGAUUGUCAAUUUCAUAGAUUUGCUCAUUUCUCGGUUGCGCGAAAGAACACAGAUAGGACCAGAUAACAAAGCUAAGGAAGACAUUAAGAGUUGGUUCAACUUUGUGACGUUUGAUAUCACAGGAGAUCUGAUGUUCGCUGAGACAUUCGACUGUCUCAAAGAUAGCAGGCUCCAUCCCUGGAUCUCGCUUAUAUUUGCUACCCUGAAGGGUAUCACUUUCAUAGCCGUGUUGAACCAUUUCACAAUACUACGGAAAUUGCAAGAAGUGUGCAUACCGGAAUCAGUCAGGAAGCAAAUGCUGAAGAAUUUCAAUCUCAGUGCGCAGAAGGCCGAUCGUCGCCUUGAGAAAGGGACAAGUCGGCCCGAUUUCAUGUCUGCUAUAUUGAAACACGGGUUGAGUGACGAGAAAGAGCGGUUCAUUGAAAAUCAGCCGCACAUGCGUCGAGAAGAGAUCCAUUCAAAUUCCGUCUUUAUCACAAUUGCGGGAAGCGAAACAUCUGCCUCACUCCUGUCUGGCUGUGUUUACUAUCUUUGUAUGAAUCCUAAUGCCAUGGCCAUCUUGACCCAAGAGGUUCGCUCCGCGUUUUCCCGGGAUAGUGAUAUCACAUCGACAAAGUGUAGUCGCUUGAGCUACCUAAACGCGGUCAUAGAAGAAUCUCUUCGUUUGUAUCCUCCAUUGGUGACCAACCUAACAAGAAUCAUUCCCGACGGAGGUGAUACUAUCGACGGAAACAUGAUACCAGGAGGUGUAACUGUUUCGACCCACCAUUACGCGUCAUACCACUCUUCAGCCAAUUUCUUUGUACCAGAAGCGUUCAUACCCGAGCGCUGGCUGGGCUCCGACGCGCGGUUUCAGGAUGAUAAGAGAGAUGUGGUUCAGCCAUUCAGUUUAGGGCCGAGAAAUUGUCUAGGCAGGAAUCUCGCCUAUAUUGAAAUCAGGAUGAUUUUGUCCAAACUUUUAUUCAAUUUUGAUCUUCAAAUUUGCAAGGAAAGUGAAGAUUGGAUUGAUCAGAAGGUGUAUACUAUUUGGGAUAAACCGGCACUCAUGAUUGAGUUGCAUGAUAGAAUGGCCUGA